CGUGGGGUCAUGAUUUCAAUGACUCUAAAAUGCCUUUAGGUAUAUCACAGUUCUCAGCAAAGUCUGUUCCUAUUCUGUCUGUCUGUAAAAAUCUAAGGAACCGACUUGGAAUUGGUAACAGCGAUAUAGUGACAUCACCAUGUCUACCUUUGGUACAACCUUCCGCGUAACCACCUAUGGCGAGUCACACUGCCGCUCGGUGGGAUGCAUUGUCGAUGGAUGCCCGCCAGGCAUGCAAUUGACCGAGGCCGACAUCCAGCCACACAUGAACAGGAGGCGACCUGGACAGUCCGAUAUCACAACGCCCCGCAAUGAGGAGGACAAGGUCGAGAUCCAGUCGGGCACCGAGUUCGGCAUCACGUUGGGCACCCCGAUUGGCAUGCGCGUCAUGAACAAGGACCAGAGGCCAAAGGACUACGGCAACUCCACUAUGGACAGGUUCCCCCGACCCAGCCACGCUGAUUGGACAUACCUCGAGAAGUACGGCGUCAAGGCGAGCAGUGGCGGCGGCAGGAGCAGCGCCCGUGAGACCAUUGGCCGAGUCGCAGCCGGUGCCAUCGCCGAGAAGUACCUGAAGCUGGCCUAUGGUGUCGAGAUUGUUGCCUUCGUCAGCUCUGUUGGCAACCAAUUCCUCUUUCCGCCAACCGCCGAGCACCCCACCCCAUGCACGAACCCCGAGUUCUUGAGCCUCCUGCAGACGAUCGAUAGGAAGCAAGUGGACUCGCACCUUCCUGUGCGCUGCCCUGAUGCGGAAGCAUCAGCAAAGAUGAGAGAUUACAUUGCGGGCUUCAAGGACCGCAACGACAGCAUCGGAGGUACUGUUCACUGUGUCAUCCGCAAUGCGCCAUCAGGCCUGGGCGAGCCUUGCUUCGACAAGUUGGAGGCCAAGCUGGGGCAUGCUAUGCUGAGCAUUCCUGCCACAAAGGGUUUCGAGAUUGGUUCUGGCUUUGCUGGCUGCCAACUCCCAGGCUCAAUACACAAUGACCCGUUCAUCAAGGCUGAAGAGGCGGCGACCUCGGCGCAGAAUGGGGCGCAGCACUUUGGCCAGAGCCGGCCUAAGCUGACUACUAAGACCAACUUUUCCGGCGGUAUCCAAGGUGGAAUCAGCAAUGGCGCGCCUAUCUACUUCAGUGUGGCUUUCAAGCCUCCGGCAACAAUUGGUCAGGAACAAAAGACUGCCACCUACGAUGGUGACUCUGAGGGAGUUUUGGCUGCCAAGGGAAGGCAUGAUCCCUGCGUUGUGCCUCGCGCUGUGCCCAUCGUUGAAGCCAUGGCCGCACUUGUUCUCAUGGAUGCCGUCCUUACGCAGCAGGCCAGGCAUACUGCCAAGAGCUUGCUGCCGCCACUCAGCCAGACCUUGCCAUCACAGCCGCCUUCUGGCAAUGGUGUAUCAGAAAAUGCCGCGGGCAAUUAAUGACAUUGUCGUUUAAAGAAGUUUCACUGUGAGUAUCAGAUAUCAUGUCUAGCAUCUGGGCGCUAGGAGGUUAAAAAAUAUAAGGGGCCAAAAAAAGUUUAGCUCGAAAUUUUUAGGCCAAGUAUUGUAAAAAAAAAAAAAAAAAAAAAGAAUAUUAGUUCAGGACAAAAAUAAGGUGCGACUAUGUAUGCAGGAGAUGGGCUUAGCUGAGAUACCUAUAAAUACCUUAUGUUUGCAUGCUGCCGUCGCCUAUUGUUUAACGC